GGGUGUGAAGGGCUUUGGCAUGGGAGAAACAGGAACAUUCGUUCCUCUUCUUAUAAAACUUUUCCCUGUUUAGUCUAUGAAAAUCAUCUACAAGGCGAUGAUCAGUGGUAACUUAGUACGCAGUCUCUUGGUUUGUAACGUCAAACCAUAAGUAAAAAGCUUUUGGUGGCAGCUGUUUCAGCUCUUGUGCCUCAUCACGUUGCUCUGGUGAGCAGAUGUGAUCGUUUGGCAGCGCAGUAAAAUGUCUCUUUGUAAAAACACAGUGUCAGUAACAUGCUCGCUGUUGGUGCUAACCACUCAAACACAACCACAUCAGCAGCAGCUACGUGCCAGACGUUUAGAGCGCGGCCACUGGUUUCACCUCCGGGGUCAACGGGACCGUGCGCCGUUGUGUGCAAACUUUAACGAGCCUCUGCGCCUUCGCUCCCAGGCUCUGCUGCAGACCCACGAUGUGGUCGCCCACGAGGUCUACAGCGACGACGCGCUGCGGGUGACCCCCCCGCCCACCUCCCCGUACCUGCACGGAGACUCCCCGGACAGCACCAACGGAGACAUGGACCUGGAGAACGUCACCAGGGUGCGCCUGGUCCAGUUUCAGAAGAACACCGAUGAGCCCAUGGGCAUCACUCUGAAGAUGAACGAACUGAACCACUGUAUCGUGGCCCGGAUCAUGCACGGUGGAAUGAUACACCGACAAGGGACUCUGCAUGUCGGAGAUGAGAUCCGGGAGAUUAAUGGCAUCAGCGUUGCCAACCAGACGGUAGAACAGCUCCAAAAGAUGCUGAGAGAAAUGAGAGGUAGCAUCACCUUCAAGAUUGUGCCCAGUUACCGGUCCCAGUCCGGAUCCUGUGACAAAGAGUCACCGGACGCGUCCCGACAGUCUCCUGCAAAUGGCCACGCCAGCGUGACAAGCUCCAUCCUGGACCUGCCCGCGACGAUCCAGCCCAAAGGCCGCCAGAUCUCCAGACCUGCCAUCAAGGACAAAUUGUCCAUCAAGAUUUACGUUCGCGCUCAGUUCGAGUAUGACCCGGCGAAGGACGAGCUCAUCCCACGUAAGGAGGCGGGCAUUCGCUUCCAGGUGGGCGACAUCAUUCAGAUCAUCUCCAAGGACGACCACAACUGGUGGCAGGGAAAGCUGGAGAACACCAAGAACGCCACAGCGGGCCUCAUCCCCUCACCUGAGCUGCAGGAGUGGGGCGUGGCGUGUAUAGCGAUGGAGAAGACCAAACAGGAGCAGCAGGCCAGCUGUACCUGGUUUGGCAAGAAGAAGAAACAAUACAAAGACAAGUACCUGGCCAAGCACAACGCGGUGUUCGACCAACUAGAUCUGGUGACGUAUGAGGAGGUGGUCCGAGUGCCAUCAUUCAAAAGGAGAACGCUGGUCUUGCUGGGUGCACAUGGAGUUGGACGGAGGCACAUCAAGAACACGCUUAUCACCAAACAUCCUGACCGCUUCGCCUACCCCAUCCCCCACACGACUCGGCCACCGAAGAAGGACGAGGAGAACGGAAAGAACUACUACUUUGUGUCUCACGACCAGAUGAUGCAGGACAUAAGCAACAACGACUACCUGGAGUACGGCAGCCACGAGGACGCCAUGUACGGAACCAGGCUGGAGACGAUCAGGCAGAUCCACACGCAGGGCAUGAUCUCCAUCCUGGAUGUGGAACCGCAGGCACUAAAGAUCCUCAGGACAGCGGAUUUUGCUCCCUACGUCGUCUUCAUCGCAGCUCCCACAGUCACCCCGGGCAUGACCGAGAUUCCAAAGUGGUGCAAGAGACUGUCUGAUGACUCUCUCCAGCGGCUCCAGAAGGAAUCCGAGAUGCUGCAGGGGACCUACGCCCACUACUUUGACCAGACCAUCAUCAACAACGAGAUCGACGACACCAUCCGGCUGCUGGAGGAGGCCGUCGACCUGGUGUCCACCACCUCUCAGUGGGUCCCCGUCUCCUGGGUCUACUGACACGCGCCCCGACGGCGCCUCACUCAUCAUCGCUCUGGACGAUCCAUCGCUGAUCCAACACGGACACUAAACCAGAGUCUUACACCCCCCACCCACCUUUCCCCUCCUCCGGCCCACCAAGUCCCACGUCUCAUCCACGUCACACAUUCCUGUCGUUGAAAAAGAGGAAUGGAGGAACCAAUGACUCACUACAGAGACUUCAUGCUGCCCCGCCCCCUUUUCUCAACAGCCUCAAAGGCACAUUGUUGUGUACAUAUAUACAUAUAUAUAUAUAAAUGAUAAAAGACAAGGGAAAAUGUUUGUCCUAGCUGAAGCGUGGGGGGCGGAGGGGCAGUGUGGUAGAUAUUUUGUACUUUUCUUUUGUAAUCGAUGGAUGGUUGGUAAUAUUGGAAAGGCAAUAGCGAGCAUGACGAUAAAGCAGUCUUACGUGCGUGUGCCUGUAUGAGUGUGUCCGUGUGUGUGUUAACCUUUUUAAAGGCACUUCUCGUGGUAAUCUUGUGUCCUCCUCUCAAACACCCGCCCCCCUAGUCUCCUCGGCCCCUGUGACCUACACGCCGAACUUUAAAGCACAGUAGAAGCUGCUAUAGUGGCAACAAGUGACUCCCUCAGCGCCGGUGGCCUGGUGAGCCCAGCAGAAAGCACAGGAAACUUGGCAGUUUCUCCCACCCCCCCUCAGCCCUUUGGAGUUUAUUUGCUGGCCCUCUGUGCCUAUCAGUUCGUUGAAGGGGCACACUGCUUCCCUCCACGCGGCCUAUUGUACCAUGCUUCCCCUCCAAGCCUCCGAUGGUCUUUGUUUACACCUCAGUUUGCACAAAAUGUACAAUGAAGAGGACGCGUCGCCUCGCGGUCUACAAUUCAUCUCUCUGGCCGUCUCCACCCCUCUCCCUCCGUACACGAGAUGCCAACCGGUGGCCGAUGGGACCCGGGAGUAUCGAUCACAAAGCGCUCGCUGUAACCACCAAACCCCCCCCUCCUCCCCCCCCCCCGCUGACUGAACUGGAGGACGAAAAACAAACAAAAAGACUGACGGGAAAAAAUAAUAAAUGAACUGCCUUAUCAGAGCCUCGGGGAAGAAGUCUGUAACACCUAUGCACACCCCCGGUGUCUGCCAGGCAGACCGCCACCACCGGUCUCUUUGCCCACACUGAAAUAGUGAGCCAUGCUUGUUCAAAUUAACAAAUUAAAGUGUUCAUAAGAAUAUGCGUGGAAGGGGAGGGGCUCGGGUACGUGGCGAUGAAGCCAGUCAUCGAGCCACCAUCUUGGAACUGUUAACUGUUGUCUUUAACAAUAUAAAGGUAUUCUUGUUUGAGGGAGAGAAAAUAACUAAAUUUUGUGUGUAAAUGUUUCAAUGGUGCGUACGUCAUACGAGUGAAUAACCAAGAGCCAGUGUAUAUUAACCCUUAAAAGAAGCUCAGUAUGUGACAUAACCUCUUCAUGCUUUACCAGAAGUGAGACGACGCUUCCCCACCUCCAGUGACUCGGUAAGUAAGCACAUCAGGUGAAGGGUCUCGGACAAAAGAUGAAACUUCAUUAUUAUUUUUUAAGUCAAUAUUCUCCACUGUGUGGUGUGGAUGCUGUUGCUCCACUUCAAGUAAAGUGUUAUCAUUUCAAGUCCUGUGUAUAUUACCUCUGCAAAUGACAAAAGCAGCUCUUCUGUAUGAAAUGUUGUUCUUUUUUUGUUAUUUCAUUUUUAAAAAAAAUUAUAUUUCCUUUUACGUGUUUAAAGUAAACCACCUGGUCGGUCUUCUUCUUUUC